ACGUGAAGAUGCAAGAGUUUACAUCUUGUUUAAAUGACAUGUUGAAGAGUGUCAAGGCAGCACAGGCUAAACUAGACAGUAGUCCCUUUUCCAUGGGAGAGUUUUUGAAAACUGUGGGUGUAACGAAUAAUCAGCCAACCAUAGUGAUGGGACGCAAACAAUAUGAAUGUGAUUUAUGUGGGCGUUGCUUUUCUGAUCCUUCAAAUCUGCGCCGCCACAAAAACAUACACAGUGGGUUGAGACCUUAUGUGUGUGAUAUAUGUGGCAGCAGCUUUCGACAGAAGUCACAGCUACAUCGUCACCACUUGGUUCAUACAGGUGAACGCCCCUUCCGGUGUGCCUUUUGUUCGAAGGGUUUCAGAGACUCAACUGAACUGCGUGUUCAUUUCCGUGUGCACACAGGAGAGAGGCCUUAUAGUUGUCCAGUCUGUCAAAAGAGCUUUUCCAGGAUCUGCUAUAUGAAAAAACACCAGGAAAAACACAACCGAAUGGAAGAAUUAGUACUGCAAAAGCCUAAAGAGGUGCACAUUAUUGCUACUGUUAAUGAUGAUGAAGAUUUCCCAGAGGAAUUCCACUGUUCUUUCUGUAGUAUUUGGUUUUUAACCAAGGAGGAACUUGAAGCCCAUCGUCCUGUGCACUUGAAGUUUGGGCCAUCAGGGCAAAAGCUUUACGAAUGUGGAGAAUGCAAGAAAUGUUUUAAUAACUCAUCAAACCUGAGGAAACAUGCCAUAAUUCAUACAGGGAUGAAGCCCUUUACCUGUAAUGUUUGUAACCAGCGCUUCCGACAAGCCACUCACCUACAUCGCCACUAUUUAGUCCAUACAGGUGAGAGGCCAUUCAAAUGCUCCAUUUGUCAAAAAGGUUUCCGUGACACCAGUGAUCUGUUAAAGCACCAGCGAGUUCAUACAGGAGAGAAACCAUACCAGUGUUCCGUUUGUGAGAAAAGCUUUAAGCACCUUCAUAAUGCUAGGGUUCAUAAGCAGCGGCACAUGAAUGAAGAAUCCAUUAAUGAGGAGCUUCCUUCUUCCUCUCUCUGCUCUCAGUCAAUUUCAUCUUCAAAAGUAAAUGAUUAUAUUAACAAGACAGAACCACAGUUCUCACAAAAAGAGUUGCAUUCCAAGCAUAAAUCACAGUGCUACAGAGCUGACCACUUAAAAUGUAGCCUAUGCACAAAAACAUUUGCCCGCAUCUCCAGUCUUCAUCGACAUUAUCUUAUUCACACAUCCCACCGUCCAUUUGGCUGUUCUCUGUGUGGCAAACAUUUCAGACAACUCUCUCACCUUGACAGACAUAAGAGAAUUCACACUGGAGAACAGCGUUUCCAUUGCACAGCCUGUCGAAAGACAUUUCGAGAGUCUAGCGAUUUGUUGCAUCAUCAGCAGGUCCAUGCAAAGGAGAAAUUGUUUAGCUGUCUAAAGACACAUCAACUAAGUCACGAAAAAGGGUCCUAUCUGGAAACAGAAAUAUUAGAUGACGAUGAUGAUGGCAACUCAAUUGAGAUUGUUUUGGUCUAAUUUAUAUUAUUAACAUGUAAAUUACAAAGCACUUUGACAAUUCAAAAGCAACUAUUAAAAAAAUUAAACUGAUAAACAGUAGAUAAGAUUGGUAGGAACAUUUAAAGAGCAAAAACAAGAAGAAAAAUGUGCUUAUGAUUAUAAAGAAAUAUUGUAAAAACUGGGUUUAAAGACCUUUUAGAAUUUGAAUUAAGGUAAAAGUAUAUGUGUCUUUACACAAUGCAAAAGAACAGAGUAAAAAUCAAGCAGCCUCAAUGGGAAAAUAAACUAAACAUAAAUGUAGCGUAGAAUUCUGUAGUUAAACACAUCCAGUUAAAAAGCAUGAUAUUUAUUUGUAAAUAUAUAUAAUAAAUUACAUGUAACUGUG